AUGCCACGGCCCGCCAGACAUGAUCAACUGCCCCGCUUGACGAGCCUAAUCAAUUGGGAAUGUCUCGGCCCAUUAGUAGAUGAAACCGACGCAGAACUGGCGUCGACAGUCGAAGAACGCAGCCUAUCAAUUCUCGGCACAGAUUCGUUACCAUUGCCUCGUGGCAUUCUCGAUGCCGCCAACAGGAAGCUUUUUCAAGAUGCUGACCAAACGCAAAGUUCUGUGCGACUGCUCCCGGGCCCCCUUGAUGCGGCUCUCGAGCCUUUCCCACUUCAGUACAUGGGAAGCUGCUCGGACACAGUUUUUUCUCGAGUCCCAUCCAGUGACCAGAGUAUGAGUGGCCGCUUACAGCAGUGCCAGCAUGCUUUGCAGUUGUUGGGUUUUCCUUCAGUCGACGCCUUUGCUCUUGAAUACUAUACAGCACGGUUCGAGCCCGGGUCGAGAAGAUCAGGUGUGGAACAGCGCGAAGGUCUGAGUACGCUUGAUCGUCUGGCCAUGUUGUUGCAAAAUGAGUCACCACAAGUGGGUGCUAUGGACCCGGGUGGUUUACAACGGGAUAUCGGAAAGUCUGCUCGCGAACUUUGCAUUGCAGAGCUGCGAGACUUCGACCACAAAUUAUACGAUCCCGAUAAAGCGGAACACCAAUUCAAUAUGGACGGCUGA